CGCGCUGCGGAGGCUCCAAGAUGGCGACGGCCGCAGUUCCUCCUGCUGCAGCCUCCCCACCUCUGCAGUCCGGCGGCGCCUGCAGGGACUCUCGCUAGAAACCGACAAAAUUGGACCUGUCCGGGUUGCUGUAUAACUAAAUAAGUCGCUGCAGGAUGAAAAGAUGGCAGCUCCGCUUAUUGCACCACCCGGCCCUGACAGCUUCAAAGCAUUUACUCGUGAAUCAUUGGCUGCUAUUGAAAAACGCAUAGCAGAGGAGAAAAACAAAAAGCCGCCAAAGCAGGACAGCAGCCACAGAGACGAUGAUGAUGAAAAUAAACCAAAACCAAACGGUGACCUGGAAGCAGGCAAAAAUGUGCCGUUUAUAUACGGAGAUGUCCCUUCGAAACUGAUUGCUGAUCCAAUCGAAGACUUAGACCCUUUUUAUUUAAACAAGAAAACCUUUAUAGUACUAAACAAAGGAAAAACAAUCUUCAGAUUUAGUGCCGCUCCUUCCUUGUAUAUAUUAAGUCCUUUUAACCUAUUAAGGAGAAUAGCUAUUAAAAUUUUGAUACAUUCAGUAUUUAGCAUGAUAAUCAUGUGCACUAUUUUGACCAACUGCGUCUUCAUGACUUUUAGUAACCCUCCAGAUUGGUCUAAACAAGUGGAGUACACCUUCACUGGUAUUUAUACAUUUGAGUCACUUGUGAAAAUCAUUGCAAGAGGAUUUUGUAUAGACGACUUUACGUUUUUGCGGGACGCAUGGAACUGGCUGGACUUCAGCGUUAUUAUGAUGGCAUAUGUGACAGAGUUUGUGGACCUUGGGAAUGUCUCAGCGCUGAGAACAUUCAGAGUUCUCCGAGCUUUGAAAACUAUCUCUGUCAUUCCAGGUCUGAAGACAAUUGUGGGUGCCCUUAUUCAGUCUGUGAAGAAGCUGUCAGAUGUAAUGAUUUUGACAGUGUUUUGCCUCAGCGUCUUUGCUUUAAUCGGUCUUCAGCUUUUCAUGGGUCAUCUAAGGCGCAAGUGUGUUUAUUGGCCAAUCAACAUGGAUGAAACAUACUUGGCCAAUGGCAGCAAGGGUUUUGACUUUAAUGAAUACAUAAACAACGAAACCAACUUUUACAAAGUCCAUGGAGCACUUGAUCCGAUACUUUGUGGCAAUAGCUCCGAUGCUGGACAAUGUCCAGAGGGCUACACAUGUAUGAAAGCAGGCAGGAAUCCAAACUAUGAUUAUACAAGCUUUGAUUCAUUCGGCUGGGCCUUUUUGGCCUUGUUUCGCCUUAUGACUCAGGAUUAUUGGGAAAACUUGUAUCAAUUAACCUUGCGUGCGUCUGGAAAAACAUAUAUGAUCUUCUUUGUCUUGGUUAUCUUUGUGGGGUCGUUCUAUUUGGUGAAUUUAAUUCUGGCUGUGGUAGCCAUGGCUUAUGAGGAACAAAAUCAAGCAACUUUGGAGGAAGCAGAGCGGAAGGAGAAUGAAUUCAAGGCAAUGCUGGAGCAACUGAAAAAAAUGCAGGAAGAAGCACAGGCUCAGGCUACUUCUGUUGGCACAGUAACGGAGGAUGCAGCAGAAGAUGAUGCAAGGAUGUCUCACACCUCUUCAGAGUUCUCCAAACUGAGCUCAAAAAGUGCAAAGGAAAGAAGAAACCGUAGAAGGAAACGGAAACAGAGAGAGCUAUCAGAAGGAGAGGAGAAGGGUGAUAAUGAAAAGAUGUAUGAAUCUGAAGAUGGUAUGAGGAGGAAAGGGUUCUGGUACCCUGACAACAGGCUGGGCAGAAAAUUUUCAAUCAUGAACCAGUCUCUACUCAGCAUCCCAGGGUCCCCAUAUCUCUCAAGACACAACAGCAAGAGCAGCAUAUUCAGCUUUCGUGGACGAUUCAGGGAACCAGUCUCUGAAAAUGAGUUUGCCGAUGAUGAACACAGUACAGUGGAAGAGAGUGAAGGCAGGCGAGAUUCACUUUUCAUUCCAGUCCGAGCCUACGAUAGGAGGAACAGUUAUAACAGCGGGUACAGCCAGGGGAGCCGCUCUUCACGCAUCUUCACAAAUCUCAGGAGAAAUGGGAAAAGAAAUAGCACGGUGGAUUGUAAUGGAGUGGUGUCGUUAAUUGGUGGUCCCGGUUCCAAAAUGCCUGGUGGACGUCUUCUGCCUGAGGUGAAAAUAGAUAAGGCAGCUACCGAUGACAGCCCUAUGUCAGAGGUAGAGGUAAAAAGGAAGCCUUCUGCGUCUCUCAGAGUGUCAAUGGAUCAACUGAAUGCCUCAUUUGGAAGAAGGAAUCGAACAAACAGUGUUCUCAGUGUUCUAACACAAACACUUGUAGAAGAAUUGGAAGAGUCACAGAAGAAGUGUCCACCUUGGUGGUACAAAUUUGCAGACACUUUUCUAAUAUGGACAUGUAGCCCUUUGUGGAUCCGAAUUAAAACUAUUGUGAAUAUGAUUGUAAUGGAUCCCUUUGUUGACCUGGCCAUCACCAUUUGUAUUGUUCUCAACACAUUAUUCAUGGCUAUGGAACACUAUCCAAUGACCAAACACUUUGAACACGUCUUAUAUGUGGGGAAUCUGGUUUUUACUGGCAUUUUUACUGCUGAAAUGGUCCUAAAGCUAGUAGCGAUGGAUCCAUAUUAUUAUUUUCAGGAGGGCUGGAACAUAUUUGACAGCUUUAUUGUGAGCCUCAGUUUAAUGGAGUUAGGCCUUCAAGGCGUGGAAGGGCUUUCCGUCCUGCGUUCCUUUCGAUUGUUGAGAGUCUUCAAAUUAGCCAAGUCGUGGCCGACAUUGAACAUGCUAAUAAAAAUCAUUGGAAAUUCUGUUGGUGCCUUGGGUAACCUGACCUUGGUGUUGGCCAUCAUUGUGUUCAUUUUUGCUGUAGUUGGGAUGCAGUUGUUUGGAAAAAAUUACAAGGACUGUGUCUGCAAGAUAAACCCAGAUUGUGUCUUACCUCGGUGGCACAUGAAUGAUUUCUUCCAUUCUUUUCUUAUCGUUUUCCGGGUGUUGUGUGGAGAGUGGAUUGAAACCAUGUGGGAUUGCAUGGAGGUUGCAGGACAAGCAAUGUGUCUCAUUGUCUUUAUGAUGGUGAUGGUCAUUGGUAACUUGGUGGUACUGAAUUUGUUCCUUGCUUUGCUACUGAGCUCCUUCAGUGCUGACAAUUUGGCUGCCUCUGAUGAUGAUGGGGAAAUGAACAACCUCCAAAUAUCGGUCAUCCGCAUCAAAAAAGGAAUAGCUUGGAUUAAACUCAAAGUACAUGACUUUGUGCAGAAGCAUUUCAAAAAUAGGGAUUCAGAUGAGGUCAAGCCACUGGAUGAUGCAUAUGAAAAGAAAAUAAACUGCUUAGUAAAUCACACUGGUGCAGACAUCAACAGAGACAUGGAUUACCAGAAAAAUGGGAAUGGCACCACCAGCGGUAUUGGAAGUAGUGUGGAAAAAUAUAUAAUAGAUGAAGACCACAUGUCUUUUAUAAAUAACCCAAACCUUACAGUCAAAGUGCCCAUUGCAGUGGGAGAGUCAGACUUUGAAAAUCUCAACACAGAAGAUUUUAGCAGCGAUGAUGAUGGCAGUAAAGAUAAACUUGAUGAUACCAGUUCUUCAGAAGGGAGUACAAUUGACAUUAAGCCAGAAGAAGAGGAGGUGCCUGUUGAACAGCCAGAGGAGUACCUAGAUCCCGAUAAUUGUUUUACAGAGGGGUGUGUGGCACGUUUCAAGAUUUGUGACGUCAGCAUAGAAGAUGGUUUGGGAAAGACUUGGUGGACCUUGCGUAAAACAUGUUUUCUCAUAGUGGAACACAACUGGUUUGAAACAUUUAUCAUCUUCAUGAUCUUGUUAAGCAGUGGCGCACUGGCUUUUGAAGAUGUUUACAUCGAACAAAGGAAAGUCAUAAGAACCGUUCUUGAGUAUGCAGAUAAAGUUUUCACUUACAUCUUCAUCUUGGAAAUGUUGCUGAAGUGGCUGGCUUAUGGAUUUGUGAAAUUCUUCACUAAUGCCUGGUGCUGGCUUGAUUUCCUCAUUGUUGAUGUCUCUUUAGUAAGCCUUGUAGCUAAUGCCCUGGGCUACUCGGAACUAGGUGCCAUUAAGUCCCUUAGGACCUUAAGAGCUUUGAGACCCCUAAGAGCCUUGUCACGAUUUGAAGGGAUGAGGGUUGUAGUCAAUGCUCUGGUUGGUGCAAUCCCAUCCAUUAUGAAUGUGUUGCUGGUCUGCCUUAUAUUUUGGCUGAUUUUCAGCAUCAUGGGUGUCAAUCUGUUUGCUGGCAAAUACUACUAUUGCUUUAAUGAAACGGCUGAAGAGAGAUUUCUAACAGAGGACGUGGACAAUAUCACCAUGUGCUUCAAACUGAUUAACCAAAACUUCACCGAGGUCAGAUGGAAAAAUGUGAAAAUCAACUUUGACAAUGUUGGAGCUGGAUAUCUUGCACUGCUUCAAAUUGCUACAUUUAAGGGCUGGAUGGAUAUCAUGUAUGCAGCAGUGGAUUCCAGAAAGGUCGACAAGCAGCCAAAAUAUGAAGACAACAUCUAUAUGUACAUUUAUUUUGUAAUUUUCAUCAUAUUUGGCUCUUUCUUCACUCUCAACCUGUUUAUUGGCGUCAUCAUUGAUAAUUUCAAUCAACAAAAGAAAAAGUUUGGAGGACAAGACAUCUUCAUGACAGAGGAACAAAAAAAAUACUAUAAUGCCAUGAAGAAAUUAGGAUCAAAGAAACCACAAAAACCUAUCCCCAGGCCUUUGAAUAAAUUCCAGGGAGCCAUCUUUGAUAUCAUCACACAACAAGCAUUCGAUAUAAUCAUUAUGAUUCUUAUUUGUCUCAACAUGGUAACCAUGAUGGUAGAAACAGACGAUCAGAGUGAUUACGCUGAGAAUGUUCUCUACUGGGUUAAUUUGGUUUUUAUUGUCGCUUUUACCACGGAGUGCAUCUUGAAAUUGUGUGCAUUGAGACAUUACUACUUUACCAUCGGAUGGAAUAUAUUCGACUUUGUUGUUGUUAUACUUUCUAUUGUGGGUAUGUUCUUGGCGGAUUUGAUUACAAAGUACUUUGUGUCACCCACUCUCUUCAGAGUAAUUCGUUUGGCCCGUAUUGGCCGUAUACUCCGAUUAAUUAAAGGAGCCAAAGGAAUAAGAACCCUGCUUUUUGCCUUAAUGAUGUCAUUGCCUGCCUUGUUUAAUAUCGGCCUUCUACUGUUUCUGGUUAUGUUUAUUUUCUCCAUAUUUGGGAUGUCUAAUUUUGCUUAUGUCAAGAAGGAAGGAGGUAUUGAUGACAUGUUCAACUUUGAAACCUUUGGCAAUAGUAUGAUCUGCCUAUUUCAGGUGACUACUUCUGCAGGUUGGGAUGGACUCUUGUUACCAAUUUUAAACAGACCACCGGAUUGUGACCCUCAUAAAGAAAAUCCGGGUAGUCAGGUGAAAGGGGACUGUGGAAACCCUUCGGUUGGGAUUUUUUUCUUUGUUAGCUACAUCAUCAUUUCUUUCCUGAUUGUUGUGAAUAUGUACAUUGCUAUCAUUCUGGAAAACUUUAGUGUUGCAACCGAAGAGAGCGCUGAUCCUUUAAGCGAGGAUGAUUUCGAAACAUUUUAUGAAAUAUGGGAGAAAUUUGAUCCCGAUGCCACUCAGUUUAUCCAGUUUAGCAAACUGCCAGAUUUUGCAGAUGCCUUGGAGCAUCCUUUGCGUGUUUCCAAGCCCAACACUAUUGAACUAAUUGCCAUGGAUUUGCCUAUGGUGAGUGGUGACAGAAUUCACUGUCUCGAUAUACUCUUCGCUUUUACCAAGCGUGUACUUGGAGAAAGUGGAGAGCUCGAUAUGUUGCGACAGCAAAUGGAAGAAAGAUUUGUGGCCUCUAACCCUUCUAAAGUGUCUUAUGAGCCAAUUACUACCACGCUCAGGCGCAAGCAAGAGGGUGUAUCAGCUGUUGUAAUCCAGCAAGCGUACAGACGCCACUUACUAAAACGUGGAUUUGUUUGUAGAAAGCCUUCUUCAGUGAAAAUGGAAAACGGAGGAGCAAAUAUGGACAAGAAAGAAGGCACACCAUCUACUGCAUCUCUUCCAUCGUAUGACAGUGUAACUAAACCCGAGAAGGAAAAACAGGAAAGAAUGCAGGAAGCAAUUAGAGAGCGGGUGAAAAAACAAAAAUCUGUCAGGGAAUCUAAGUGUUGAAAAAAGUACACAUUUCAUAUUUGCAAGCAAAAGAUUGUUUACAAAUUUAGUAUAAAUGCAGAUCAGCUAUGGAAACACUUACCUGAAGUCAAGUACCAAACAGUCUGCUUACAAUGACGUUGUGACGUCCAAGGCAGUAAUCUACCACCUAGUGGACUAUAAUGAGACCCUUCUACAAGGAUUUUAUAUUGUAACAGGUGGAUACUGCAUGUUUCACAUCAGUCAGUGCAACAUAGGAUACAUAACCAGAGCUGCCACGAUUAGUACUAUUUGAGAGCAGCCAAAUGGAGUUUAUUUUUCUCAAAUAUCUAAAAUCAAAAGAGCACCAUUUAGGGGUUGGUUUGUCCAUGAAAAACACUCUUUGCAAUGUUACAUUAUUUAAGCAGUUACACAAGAAUAAAUAGAAAAAAUGUGGCAAAAAAUUAAAAAAACAAAUCAACAAUCAAGCAAACAAAA